GGCCCCAAGACGAGGGCGGCGACAGACUCAGCGAGUGACCCGAGUGUGUGGCUUGUUUUGCGGCGAGCCCGGUUGUGGGCCAACCCGGGGGAGCAAGUGGCGGCCAGAAAUACAAGGAAGGGGCUGGCGGUGGUUUCGUGAUGGAAAGAAUGUGGCAGCCUAGGAAGAUGUCUGCGCUUGAGCCGCUUGACCGUCCUACCGCCAAAAGGAUCCUCGCUACCUCAAGAAGCCAGUCCAUGCCAAAGCAGCCAUGGGCUCGAGAGUCGUCACAGCUUUUCUCGCUCUAUGGGAUGGUGAGCCGCUGCCCUGGUUCGCGGUCGACCCCUACCGAUAAUAUCUUGCCUUCUCUAACCAGGCGUUUUGAACCCCGUCUGUCUUAAGAGAACCAUCGCCAACACCCGAGUCCCUGUCAUUUGAUUUGUUGCUUUCGAAUCGGCCAGAGUCACAAAUCAUCAUCACCCCGGCAUACGCUCGGGCCGCUCGUCCCAAGAUCCCGAUCCCGGCUCUUCCGUCUGGCGCAUCCGCCGGACGCCCCAUACAGACACAGACCGACAUGUAUCGGACAAAGCACUUCAGAUGGAAGCUGAUGCACCUCUGGGGCAUCUCAGCCCACCUGGGACUCGUUGCCGCCGUGGCUAUCGGCUAUCUCGGCCAACUCGGGAAUCCCGCCAGGCCGGAACGCUGGGGCCGCGCAACGACGGCCGCCGGAACGAGCCGUUGCACGGCCGUGAUGGCGGCCGGGUUGGACGGAGGAGAUACGCUCGACGUGGGAACCCAUACACUGCUCAGAGCAUGUCUGAUCCUGGGGUCACUCGGCUUCGUCAUCAACGUUGCCCUUCUCGCCGCACUGCUGGCCGUGGAGCCGAUCAAGAUCACCUUGACCGAGGGAGAGCAACACUGGCGCAAACAGGUCGUCACGUUUUUUGGCUGCCUGCUCAAUCUGCUUCUGGCGGGUGCAGGUUUCUGCCUGGCCGUCCACUUGGGUGUCAAGGCAGCAGAUUCCAAACUCUUGAUUGCUCCGCUAGUAUGGACAUACUUCCAGGCGCCAUUAGCGUUCGCAGUAGCCGUGUGCGACGCUUUUAAAAACUACCGGGAAGGAAAGGACCUUCUUGACUAGUUCCUCACCUCCGCACUUAGGGAAGUGACUGGGCUAUUGGAUGGCCAAGCUCGUUCCAAGCCCGACACUCCGAAAGGCGCAGUUUCAUAGACUAUUAGAUUUACCUUUAUCUGUUCUCUAUUGGUUUUUCCUCCCUAUCUUCUUUUAUCAUUUCACAUUUAUUUUUUUUAUUUGGGUACUCUUUCUAUAUCUUUGUUCUUUUACGGUUUUAUAUAAGUGGUUGAGAUUAGAAAUAGGGGGCUCAAUGGACCUCAAGGUCCCGGCGUUCUCGGUUGGUCUGAUAUCCUAUAAAUGGCAAAUCCCGAGAGUGUUUUGUUUAAUGGGCUGUGGCAUCGUAAGCAUGGUAGGAGCCUGUUAAGGAGGGCAAUAGUAGUAUAUAUACGGAAUAUAUAAUCCGUAUCUAUACUAUAGACCUUAAUAUACCUAUCAAACUAG